GAGAAAGGGAAACUGCUGCAGAGCUUCACUCGGAUCCUUGGAGCAGCAACAUGGGGGACAUCAUGAGGGUGACGACCACCGGAGCGUCUCAGGCCACAGCUAACCAGGAUGGUCUGCGCUACUCUGGAGUAGCGGCGUCCGAGAAGUUGGCUGAAACUGACCUGGGAAGAAUGCGGAGAUAUUACCCCACCAUUAAACGAGUGGCUGCCAGUCACGGCGUUGAUCCGUACCUGAUCGCUGGGAUCAUCUCCAGAGAGUCCCGAGCUGGGAACGCUCUGGUCAACGGCUGGGGGGACAAUGGCAAAGCUUUUGGACUCAUGCAGGUUGACGUCACCCCAACAGGAGGAAACCACAAAGCCCGAGGGGCGUGGGACAGCGAGGAACACAUAGACCAGGGCACCGAGAUCCUGGUCUAUUUUAUCGGUCAGAUUCAGAGGAAGUUUCCCAACUGGAGCCGGGAGCAGCAGCUGAAAGGAGGCAUUGCAGCCUACAACAUGGGGGAUGGAAACGUUCGCGAAGGAUAUGAUGUCGACCACUUCACUACGGGUCGGGACUACUCCAACGACGUGGUGGCCCGAGCUCAGUGGUACCGGCGCCAGGGGACGUGAAGAGGAAGCCGAUGGUGGCACCUGAAGCCCCACCCCUGCACCUCCAUCACAUGCUUCAUUCCAAUCAACGACAGAUUAAAAUGUCACUCAAAUACUUCAUAAAAUGUCACCAAAAAAUGUGGGAUGCUUCUUCUGCUCGACACUGUGUUCAACACGGGAAACGUUUCACCGUCAUUGAACGCUGUAACAAGGCUGAAUUAAAUAGUCUGUCCGGGAUUUCCCAGUUGUUUUUAAUUGGUUGUUAUGGCCACAAACGAAGAUUUGGGGCAGAUUUAAAAAAAGAAAAAUUUUCUCAAAGUUGUGAUCAUUUAUGGUUACGGAUCAAAUUACAGGAUUGGCAAAUAUGGACCUUUGCAAAUCAGCAUGUCAUAAAACUCAUUAGUUUUUAGCCUAAAAAAAGGCAGCAAUGAUGUUAACUAAACAUCUUUUAUUUGCAAAAAGCAAUGAGCGUUUCAAGUGUAAGGAA